GAAGUGUGUAGACGUACUGUCUGUUGUGCACACAAGCAAACGUUCUAACUCUUCUGAAACAAAUGCUAAGGCAGCUCUUUUUUUUAUACUACACUAUAUAGUACUAAAAAAUCUGAGAAAGCGCCCACACUCUUUCACACACACAGAUACAGAUAUGGCUUCCUCCAGUAUUCUCCUGUCUGAAGAGCAGUUCCUGUGCUCUAUCUGUCUGGAUGUGUUCACUGAGCCAGUCACCACUUCUUGUGGACACAACUUCUGCAUUGACUGUAUCACAAAGUACUGGAAUAGCAAGGACCUGUGUCACUGUCCGCUGUGUAAGGAGAAAUUCUCCAAACGACCUAAACUUCGUGUCAACACAAUGUUAAGAGAAGUUGUAGGGAAUUUUAAAAGCUUGAGAGACAGAGGUAAAGAUGAGUCCCCUGCCAAACUUGGAAAAGUGCCCUGUGACGUCUGCACUGAGGAGAAGCAGAAAGCAGUAGAGAGGCAGGCUGAAGGGCUCAUUAAAGAACUGGAUCAGGAAAUCACUGAGCUAAAGAGGAGAAGCACUGAUCUGAAGCAGCUCUCACAGACUGAGGACCACCUCCAACUUCUCCAGAGCUUCCCAUCCAUAGUGUGCAACCCUCAACCCACCAAGGACUGGUCUGAGAUCAGUGUUCACAGUGAUCUGUGUGUGGGGACUGUUAGGAAAGCAGUGUCUCAGCUGGAGGAGACACUGAAUAAAGAGAUGGAGAAGCUGCCUGAAGUCAAACUGAAGAGGAUUCAGCAGUAUGCAGUGGAUGUGACUCUGGACCCUGAUACAGCAAAUCUCUAUCUCAUCCUGUCUGAGGAUGGGAAACAAGUAAGACUUCAAAAUACACCACAGAAACUUCCUGACAAUCCAAAAAGGUUUAAUCAGUAUUUAAUUGUCCUUGGAAAGGAUGGCUUCUCCUCAGGAAGAUUUUAUUAUGAGGUGACAGUUAAGGGGAAGACUGACUGGGAUUUAGGAGUGGCCAGAGAGUCCACUGACAGGAAGGGGAUUAUAUCACCUAGUUCUGAGGAUGGAGUCUGGACUGUGGUCCUGAGGGAUUGGAAUCAGUACACAGCCUGUGCCUCCCCCCAAGUUUAUCUCUCCCUGAUAGAGAAACCCCAGAAGGUGGGCGUGUUUGUGGACUAUGAGGUGGGUCAGGUCUCCUUUUAUGAUGUGGAGGCCAAGUCUCAUAUCUACUCUUUCACUGGCUGCACUUUCACUGAGAAGCUCUACCCAUACUUCAGCCCCUGUGAUAAUGAUGAUGGUAAAAACUCAGCUCCUCUCAUCAUAUCUCCUGUCAAUCACACACACUGAUUAAACAAUGGAACUAACUUAUAACUUACAAAUCAUGAAAUAUAUCAAUAUAUUUACAAAAUAGUAUAUUUAUUCAUGUGACAUGGCACACGAUUAGAAUAUCCACAGAUGUCCUCUGAAAUAGUAUCAACAAAUGAAAAUGGAAACUGUUUUGUACAUCUAAACCACGGAUAAUAAAUGCUUGUAUUUGCUGAAAACGAAGACUAUCAACUGGAAUGAAUUUAAAUAAAAGUUAUACAAGG